CCUGAACAAGCCCAACCCCCGCAAAAUCUACCCGUCAGAUCUACACCAUGGAUCCAGACUCUUAUUAGCCGAAAACUAGACGCACGGAUUGCCAACGUGGCAUAUUGCAGCUAUAAAAAACCCGCUCUCCUCUGUCAUUUUCCCUUCAAAUUCAAAUCAAAUCCAAACAAAGGAAAAACAGCUCUCUACUGUCCUCAGAUCAAAUAAAAAAUCUCUCAGAUUUUCAACUAUUUCUUUUUUUUUUUGUCAUAUUUUUCCCUCCGGAAGCCUAAAAAGGGAAGCAUCGUCGUUUUAAGAUUUUAUGGAGCCGACAUCGAAGCCGGCGGGGGGCAGGAGAGGAGACAGGAAGAAAGCGGUUUCUAAGUCGGUAAAAGCGGGACUGCAAUUCCCCGUGGGUCGUGUUGCUCGGUUCCUCAAGAAAGGUCGUUAUGCACAGCGUUAUGGAGGCGGCGCUCCCGUCUAUCUUGCCGCCGUCCUUGAGUACCUUGCCGCUGAGGUGUUGGAACUGGCUGGGAAUGCGGCACGUGACAACAAAAAGAACAGGAUCAACCCAAGGCACGUGCUACUAGCCGUGAGAAACGACGAAGAGUUAGGGAAGCUUCUUCAAGGGGUAACAAUUGCGAGUGGUGGAGUUCUUCCGAACAUUAACCCGGUUUUAUUACCCAAGAAAACCUCUUCUUCUUCUUCUUCGUCAUCUGAUCCUGAAAAAGCAUCAAAGCCCAAAUCCCCCAAAAAAGCUUAGCCUAAUAAGAUCAUUUAAACAUAAUUUAACUCCUCUUUCCUUUAAUGUUAUUGUAGGAGUUUAGGGGAUCUCUACCUUUUUGUACUAUCUUUUUAGCGCAUGAAAAUGACUUUUAGUGAUAAUUAUGGAAAUGUUCUUGUUUCCCAUCCUUCCGGUUGAUUUCUUUAUUUGGGUAUUCAUGAAUGUUUUGGGUAAUAUUUGCUAGAAUCGGUAAUUCAAGGGAAUGGUUAAAUUAGAGAGAUGAAUGUUCAAAAUGUCGGUUUUGACUUGACAUUUAAUUUCCUCCUUGGGUUAAAUUAGAGAGAUGAAGCUUACAAAGGCGUGCCUGCUGGGAAAUGGGAUUUAAGUUAAUGUUCAAUACAUAAUUAUGCCAAUAAAAGUGACUUCACUCAGUUGUUAUAGCACUUUCUGAAAGUGAAAGGAAACAGUUUCAUAACAAAACUCAGACCAACUUUAAGAAAAGAUUGAUUAAAUGCACUAUUGCAGGUACAAAUUUAUAACACAAGAACAAUUGAUUGGCACUAAUAAAUUUUAUAUCAAACAAUCCUGUCUUGUCUUUUCCUUGACAGAAAGCUAUAAUUUGUAGUUUAAUCUAUGCUUUUGAUGUGUCCAUCCAUGUGCAUGAAAUAUUUUAACUAGGAAUUACAACAAUGGAAUUUAGUAAAAGAUUCAUUAACCUAUAUCAACAUCAUAAUAACCACUGAACAUCUGAUUAACACCAUCGGAUAAAAAUUCAACUGUGGAAGAACAAUCACAUGCAUAACCAAGUAGCAUAUUUAGAAAUAAUUGUAGAAAUAGUGGUUCUCAACCUUAAGUCAGGAGCUGGCAAGCCGAAGAAUUGGGGACCGCCACCAUAUUAAAGCUAUCACAAGUCGUUUUGUAAUUCAUUUAUGCAGAAUUACUGAAGACAGUUUUGAAAGAAUCGAACCCCUGUUCCAGAUAAAUGGUUAACAUUACAAACAAAUUAAUACUCAAGAUAAAAUGCUGUCCUAGGCCAUUCAAAUUUCCUUUGAUCUGUGAAUCCAUCAUUGAAAGAUUGAGCUUUGAACGUGAAUUCAAUGGAGUAUUAUAACAUGAAGUGUUGGCACUGUUAGUGUUGUUAUUUGGUUUAAUGGAAGGCUGAGGUGAAAUAUCACUAGAAUUACAUGUUUCCUAAUCUUCUAAUCAAUUCUCUGAUCAUUACAUUAUCGCUAGAACCAGGGAUAUUAGUUCCAGCAAUGGAUGCCAUUGGGGAAGACACCAUGGAGCUCAAUAUUGACUCAAACUCGAUCAAGAGAGGUUUACCCUGAGGAGUUAUUGAAACAAUAUGUGCAAACUAAAGAUUGCAUGGAAAGCAAAACACCAUUCAAUCUUCAACUAAAGAUUGCACUAAUCAUGAUUUAAGUUUGAAGUUUUGAUUUCAAAUAGUACAGAGGAACACUGAACUAAGCUAAAAAAUAAUACAAUGGAGCUGGUUCAACUCAAUGGUGACUUUGGCUGCUGUUAAAUCUCGUCUUAUUUUUAGAGAGAGUUAUAUCAGCAUGAAAAAGCAUGACAAUAAUUUGAUGCAAACAACGGUAAUGAAUUUGUGCAUAGAACAAUCACAUCAGAGUGUUUUGCUUCAGUUUCAACCACAGUAAGAUUGGUAAAAGAAGACUAAAGCAAACAUGUAUUUUUUUUUUAACAUAAAAGUUCAGGUAAGCCAUGACUACUCAUUUCAGGAUUAGAUGCUUUCUGGUCACUGUGUGUGAUUUUGUAUGCCACUUUAAACUGCUGAAUAACAACGUAAGUAAAUUAUCAAUAAAUCAUGCAAAGGUCAAAAUUCAUAUGAUUUCUUUUGGUAUAUUACUUUUAAAUACCUUGCACUCCCAAGUAUUGGCUGAAUAGUGAAUUGUUGAUGCCUAGGCCAAAUCAAGGUAGCAUGAAGUCACUGCAGCCUCAUCAGAGUCAAUUUUAUUCACCCUAUGGCACCUAAAAAAAACAACAAUACUCUCUUUCAAAUAAAAUAUGCUUGUAAAGUUAAACUAUAUUUGGAAUGUAAACCUGGUGGAAGAAAAUUCAUCUUGUUUAACAUACCACACUGCAAAAGGACAACAGGAUUGAGAUUCACACAACAUUUAAGAAAAGCAAAGUGCCCAAAGAUCAGCACCACCAACAACAAAUUAAGCCAGUUCCCAAUGGACAUUGGAAUGAUGUUGAAAUCAUGGAAGAUUUAAACAGUACAUUGGAAUGAUUCAUUUCCAAUAGAAAAAUAAAACGUUUAUUUGAGCCUUUAAAUCAUAAUGUUCUUAUGCAUGUGAAGGUUGCUUCACUUAAUUGCAUUGGUUUUAAGGUUGAAAAGGGUGACAGGAGGCAUGCCUG